GCUUUCUUCUUCUCCUGUGCAGGGGAAGGGACCAUCCCUGUGGAGUCAAGUGACAUCAUGCCCACCUGGGAUGGGAUCCAGCACGGGGAGAGGCUGCGCACCAUGUCCUGCAGUGACAAGAUCUUACGUUGGAAUGUCCUGGGCUUGCAAGGGGCUUUGCUCUCCCACUUCAUGGAACCUGUUUAUCUCAGCUCUGUGACACUGGGUUACUUGUACAGCCAGGGCCAUUUGACACGAGCCAUCUGCUGCCGCGUGGCAAGAGAGAGGAACGUGCUGCAGGCAAAGCUCCAGGCUCCCUAUCACAUCAACCACCCCGAGGUGGGGAGAGUCAGCGUUUACGACUCUGCGAGGCAGACAGGGAAGACAAAGGAGUCCUCAGUGAACUGGUGUCUUGCUGAUGAGAGCGAAGUGGAAGUCUUGGAUGGCACAAAAGGGAAAGUAGAUGGCCCCAAGCUGGAGGUGUCUCGUGUGUCCAAGAGGAAAAUGUUUGCCCUGUUCCAGCAGUUAUGUGCCAAGAGCAACCGUGGGGACCUGCAGAGCCUCUCAGUCUACUCGGAUGCCAAGGAGGCAGCCACAGCCUACCAAGAAGCCAAGCAGAGCUUCUUCAGUGCCCUGGAGGAGCUGGGCUAUGGCAGCUGGAUCCAAAAACCCCAAGAGGAAGAGAAUUUCUCCCUCCCUGAUGCAUAACAAGAUGCCCUGCAGCGUGAGGGGGGGGUGAGGUGUGCAGGGAGGGCUUUCACCUCCUUUCACCUUGGGUUUGAAGUGGAAUCAGGAGCCUGCAGAAAUUUUCCCCCCUUCAUAGGCCUGGCUGCCUCCUCUGCUCUUGUUCCCCUUCAGACCCAGCCCUUUCUCUUUUAAAAACGUGCAUGGAAGUUCUCUCUCUUUUUUUUUUUUUUUUUAAGGUAGAGCAGGCUCAAUCCCUGUUUGCUUCUCUCUUUUAGUCUCCUCUUUUUUGUUUUUGGUUGGUGGUUUUAUUAUUUUUUAAAGAAGGCACAAGAAACAGGAGGGAUUCUUGGACUGCAACCUCAAAACCUUUGGACCCUGCACUACAGAUCCCUCUGGCAGGUUUUAGAAGCAAUUUUUUUUUUUUUUCUCUUUUAAGGAAAGACAAAAAGCAAACAAACAACACAACAAAAAAAAAACUAAACCCCAAACUCUUGGUCUGUUUUCUGGGUUUGUCACAAAGUGGCUGGUGGCAGCCACCUAGGCUGGGACAUGGGACUGAUCUCUACAGGACAGCACCAGGAGAACAUUCCAAAUUGAUAAUAAAAGAGGGAAAAAAAUAAUUAAAAAAAAUAAAAAUAAUUCUGUCUUGGA